AUGGCGAAGCAAGCCACAAAGUACGAAGCUCUCUGUAUGUUCUCGAACUUCCAGGGCGUUACAGGGUUUAGGGCUUUGUUGGCAAUGGAGGAGUGGUCGUCUUCCCGGGUGAGGAGGACGUUCGUGAAGUAUUUCGAGGAUAGGGAGCACCAGGAGAUAGCAUCCAGCUCGCUCAUCCCCCUGGAUGACCCUACGCUCCUCUUCACAAACUCCGGUGUUGUCCAGUUCAAGCGCCUGUUGCUGGAAAGCGGGAACCACAACGCAAGAAGGACGAUCAUGCGCGCUUGCAACAGCCAGAAGUGCAUUCGCGCUGGUGGCAAGCACAACGAUCUCGAGGAUGUUGGCAAGGACACAUACCACCACACCUUUUUCGAGAUGCUGGGGAGCUGGUCCUUUGGGGACUACUUCAAGGAGGAAGCCAUAACCUGGGCAUGGGAGCUUCUCACACAGGUGUAUAAGCUGUCUAAAGAUCGUCUUUUCGCGACUUACUUUGGUGGGGAUGAUAGCCUUGGCCUUUCACGAGAUACUGAAGCCAGAGAUAUCUGGCUCAAGUUUCUGCCACCACAACGAGUUCUUCCGUUCGGCUGCAAGGAUAACUUCUGGGAGAUGGGAGAGACCGGCCCCUGCGGCCCCUGCAGCGAGAUCCAUUACGACAGGCUUGGUGGGCGCGACGGGUCUGCGUAUGUCAACAUGGACGAUCCAACCUGCAUCGAGCUCUGGAAUCUUGUGUUUAUGCAGUUUAACAGAGAGACGGACGGUAAGCUCACUCCUUUGUCCACCCGAAACGUUGACACCGGCAUGGGCCUGGAGCGCCUCGUGUCCGUCUUGCAAAAUAAGUCGAGUAACUACGACACAGAUUUGUUUGCUCCGAUCUUCGAUGCCAUUCAAAAGGCUACUAGUGCUGGGCCUUAUUUAGGAAGAAUGGGAGAUGACGACGUUGAUUUAGUGGACACGGCCUACCGUGUCCUAGCGGACCAUGCGCGGACGCUAACCUUCGCCAUUACUGACGGCUGCCGACCAGGCAGUGAGGGAGCGGGAUACGUACUCCGACGGAUCCUUAGACGAGCCGUGCGAUAUGGUGUGGAUAUUAUGAAGGCUAAGCAUGGAUUCUUCAACGGCCUGGUGGAUGUUGUUGUAACAACCAUGGGUGAAGCAUACCCAGCGCUGAACGGGGCAAAGGACACGGUCAAGAAAAUAAUUGCUGAGGAGGAAGCGAGCUUCACCAAGACUUUAACAAAGGGGGUUGAGAGGUUCCACAAGGCCGCCGCUGAAGUGAAGGAUUGCCUGUUAAGCGGGCAAGUUGCGUUUCUACUUUGGGAUACGUAUGGCUUUCCUCUCGAUCUCACUCAGCUAAUGGCUCGGGAGCAGUAUGGCUUUCAAGUGGACGAGAACGGUUUUAAUCGAGCACUGGAAGAUGCAAAGCGCAAAUCCCGUGAUGCUCGUAGCAAAGCGCGAGGCGUGGACAUGUCUCUGGAAGCGGCUCAAAUAUCACAGCUUAGAACCAGCGGCGUCGCUCCAACUAGCGACAGCAACAAAUACGUCUAUCAACAAGACCACGAAACUAGAGUUGCAGCAAUAUUCGGCUGUAACAGCUUCACAGACACUUUUAACGCCAGCGUGGAUGACAACUCCAUCGUGGGGCUAGUGCUUGAAUCAACCAGCUUUUAUUCCGAGCAAGGAGGUCAGAUGCACGAUAUAGGCACAAUAGAGGCUUGCGGCUUCCUUCUACAGGUGACAGACGUCAGGUGCUUUGGAGGAUACGUUCUGCAUGUAGGAAUACCGAAAGGAAGUGUUUCCGUUGGAGACGUGGUCGUUGCGAAGGUGGAAUACGCAAAUCGUUCAAAGCUCGCCGCAAACCACACUGGUACUCACUUGUUGAGCUCGGCAUUGAGGAAAGUUCUCGGAGACCAUGUUGAGCAGACAAGCUCUUUGGUUGCACCGGACAAGCUGAGAUUUGGUUUCAGACAUGGUGCAAAACUGGAGCUCCGAGAGAUUGAGGAGGUAGAGAGACUUGUUGUGAACCAGAUUCGGAGGGAGCUUCAAGUUUAUACCAAAGAAGUGAGUCUUGAGGAGGCGAAUCGGAUUAAAGGCUUACGUACUGUGCCUGGAGAGAUGUAUCCCGACCCGGUGCGUGUGGUUUCAGUCGGGUUGGCUGUGGAAAACCAGCUCACAGCUCCUUUUCCGGAACCAUUUUCCACAGAAUUGUGUGGAGGCACACAUUUAAGUAACACCAGGGAAGCUGGUGAGUUCACCAUUGUGACAGAGGAAAGCACUUCCAACGGGGCUAGACAGGCUGUGGCUCUCACUGGAGCACUCGCAAAACUCGCGAUUGCCCGUGGAGAAGAGUUCGCUUGUCGAGUGUCUAACGCGUUGAAACUGACAAGCUCAGAACAACUGGAGAAGGAAAUGGUGACUUUGAAGCCGUCACUGGACGCAGCACAGAUUCCACUAACCCGCAAGCUCAUCCUUCGCGGAGAGCUCGACAAGCUCCAGGAUCGUGUCAAGGAGCUUAACAAGGUGUCAUCGCUCUCCAACCAGACUCGUGCAAUGGAUGAUGCCUUGCGCUGUGCUGAAUCGGCUCUCCAAAGCUGCUGCGUCGUGAGAAGCGACGUCGGGCUCGAUGUCAAAGCCAUUCGCAAGGCAGUCUCGGCGAUCAUGGCCAAGGUACCAGAUAUUGCGAUCAUGCUGUUUAGCGUGGACGUGGCCUCGGGCAAGGCUCUGGUCUACGCGGGAGUCCCUCCAAGCAACAAAAGAAUCGUUGCAGUGGAGUGGCUGAGAAAAGCUCUGGAGCCACUGGAAGGCAAAGGGGGUGGCAACAGCGAAACCGCACAAGGCCAGGCUGGCAGCAAGAUUGAGUUUUGCAGCAACAAGGAUGCGCGAUACGGCUUUCUGUCCAACUUCUACAGAUCUCCCAUCGCGCUCGACGGCAAGCUCAUGCUAAUCUUCCCAUAA